AUGAAAGAAGAAUUUCAGCAUACAGCUUAUGCUACAAAUGCUUAUGUGACUAUAGGACCACUUGCUAAGCAAGUAACGCAAGGAAAGAAGAUUGUUAAGGUUGAGGUUUGUAGCAGCCCGAAGAAUAACCAUGGCGCCAUGAAAUCUUCCAAACGAAGUAGAUCUUCGGGGUUGGAGUUUAAGCUUGAUGAGCUGCGCAAGGAAUUCUCUUCUAGUCAUGGUGGAAUAUUUCCUCAUUCUGUAUUGUCUACUUGCCAGAUCCGCAUACUGGGUGCUCAGAAACCAAUGUUGAUGGAAGAGUUGGAGAAGAUUAUAGGAAAGUUGAAAACACAGAAAUAUGGGAGCAGAAUUCUUGAAGAAAUUGUGAAUUAUGAGUCCAAACAUCACUGUGACAAUGAUAUUGUGGAUGAAGGACAAGUCAGUGGAAGCGGAGCCUCAGAAAUGUUAAGAAGCAAAAAAGCUCUUAUUGUCAUCGACAGUAGUGGAGAUGAAGAAUGA